GUGUCCGCCAUGUUCUUGCUGGGUUGGUGCGAUGUCAUCUCCGGUGAAGCUCGUAAUCAAUAUCUACCCCUAGCAUCUUUCCAAUGGACCCUCCUUUUUUCGGGAACAUGCCAACUUCCACCUAUGGUUUCAGCUAUGUCAACAUUGUCCAUACUGGUUUCUACGCAACGUCCCUGUCAUCCCCCAUUCAUGGAAAAGUGAUAACGUCGACGAGAAUUCCUCACGUCGUCCACUCACAAAUUCCCAACACAGACAGCAUCCCGAAGUCCCGAGACUCUCUCUCCUUCAGCUCACUCAAUGUCACGCGAGCUUCCGACUCGCUCCGAACCCUCAUCCUCAUUUCAUCCUCAGUCUCGCCCCAUCCAUGGCUCCAGCUCAUAGCGGCGUGGUCGGUGGACCCGUCGCGUUUUUGAAGCGGUGCUGGAAGACAUCGCAUGCGCCUGACUAUGUGGGCUUCACGUUUCUAUUAUCCGCAUGGAUCCUUAUAGUUGUCUUCGUUACACCGUUCCACCGGAUGUUCUCAGUCAACGAUCUCGCCAUCUCUUAUCCUCAUGCUCUCCACGAGCGCGUCCCCGUUGUCAUGAACUUUGUCUACGCCCUCUUCGUCCCCCUCGGUGUCCUCAUCGCUUACAACAUCUGGGUGCGAUCUUCACCGGCCAAACACGAAGCCACGUACCUCUCAUUUUUCAUCUCCAUUGUUCUGACAACCUUCAUCACUGACAUCAUCAAGAACGCCGUCGGUCGGCCUCGCCCAGACCUGCUGGCUCGCUGCCAACCAGCCACAGACACCCAGAUCAACGUCCUCGUCACCAUUGACGUUUGCACGGCGCCUGACGGUCACGAUCUCCAGGACGGCUGGCGCUCCUUCCCCUCCGGCCACUCGUCCUUCUCCUUUGCUGGUCUGGGAUUUCUUAGCCUCUUCCUGGCAGGUCAGCUCCACGUCUUCCGGUAUGCGGCCGGCGGUCGAGAUCUUAGCCGGGCGCUGGUUUGCCUGUUUCCGCUCAUCGGCGCUGCCAUGAUUGCCAUCUCGCGGUGCGAAGACUACCGACACGACGUGUACGACGUCUGCGUAGGGUCGGUUUUGGGCAUGACCAUUGCCUACUGGAGCUACCGAAGACAUUGGCCUCGACUCUCCAGCCAGCGAUGCGACGAGCCUUACCCACCCCCAGGAACCGACACCCAGCCGGGAUGGCAACGUGUCACGGAUGACGAAGAGGCUAGGGCAGGGGCAGAUGUAGGAUUUGAGCUGAACGUUGUAAGAGGAGCACGCCGCUGAUUUCGGGCCUAGGCAUGGUAAACCUUGUAUUGCAAGUGAGAAGUAGAGAGUGAGAGCUGGACGUUGAAAAUGCAUUGGGGGAUGUCAUGUAUGUUGUGUUGUACGCGGAUGCGAGUUGCUCAUAGCGAAACGGUGCUGGGCCACA